AUGCUAAGUGACGAUACCUGUCAACCAGAGGCGGUGCUCUUUGGCAUGCUGGGUGCGGCUGCCUCUUUGGCGCUCUCCAACAUUGGGGCCGCUUACGGUACAGCGAAAUCUGGCGUUGCCGUUGCUCAUCUCGGCAUUGUGGAACCAUCACGUGUAAUGCGUGGCAUUGUGCCUGUUGUCAUGGCAGGUAUUCUUGGUAUAUACGGCCUUAUUGUCUCAGUUAUUAUCAGCAACAACCUCAAGCUGUCGGGCUACGCAAUGUUCUCCGGCUUCAUGCACCUUGGCGCUGGUCUUGCCGCCGGCUUUGCUUCUCUGGCGAGUGGUUAUGCUAUUGGUAUUGUGGGUGACAUUUGUUGUUUUGCAUACGCCAAGACAGAAAAGAUAUUUGUCCCAAUGAUUUUGAUGCUCAUUUUUGCUGAGGCGCUUGGGCUCUAUGGGCUCAUCAUGGCCCUCUUAAUGAACAACCGUGCCACAUCCUAUACGGGUGGUUGCUCUUGA